CCGGUGGGCUGUGAGGAAGGACGUCCGUCCGUCGGUCGGUCCGUCCUCCUUCGUGGGCUCUGCGGGACGUGACGGAGCGGGUUUGCCUCUCUUCCAGGUACCUGUGCCGUCCUCGGCACGAGCAGCGUGACCGGCGCUCCACGUCUUCGCGGUAGGUUACGGGCGCAGCCCAAUGCGCGUAGGUGCACCGGUGAGCCUUUUGGCUGUGUCGGCUUGGCAGCGCUCAGAGCUGCAGGAACAUGGAUUCACAGAAGGAUGUUCAGCCUCCAAAGCAGCAGCCAAUGAUUUACAUUUGUGGAGAAUGUCAUACAGAAAAUGAAAUAAAGGCAAGAGAUCCUAUCAGAUGCAGAGAAUGUGGCUACAGAAUAAUGUACAAGAAGAGGACAAAAAGAUUGGUGGUUUUUGAUGCCCGAUGAUGUCUGCUGAAGAUAUAGUGACUUCAUGAUGCAGUUUAAUCUUUCUAAUAACUUUGCUCUGUAAAUCCAUUCAUGUACAAAUGCAUGUUUUUAUUGUGUUUUAAGAGAUUGAAAUAUUAAAGUUUACUGUGAUACUAAA